UUUCACUUUCGAUUUGCAGCACGGACUCGGUUGUAUUUGGCGCCAUUUUAACUGUGGGUGUCAAAGCAAAAGGACGAUAAAAUCAUGUCUGGCCGUGGAAAAGGAGGAAAAACAAAAUCUAAGGCAAAGAGCCGCUCAUCCAGGGCAGGUCUCCAGUUCCCAGUUGGCAGAAUUCACCGACUUCUGAGGAAAGGAAACUACGCAGAGAGAGUUGGUGCAGGGGCCCCCGUGUAUUUGGCAGCAGUGUUGGAAUACCUGGCAGCAGAAGUACUCGAAUUGGCGGGAAAUGCAGCCAGGGACAACAAAAAGACCAGAAUUAUUCCCCGCCACCUUCAACUGGCCAUCCGUAAUGAUGAAGAGUUGAACAAGCUACUUUCAGGAGUCACCAUAGCCCAGGGAGGUGUCCUGCCCAAUAUCCAGGCUGUUCUUCUGCCAAAGAAAACUGGAUCAGCUGGAAAGAAAUCGUCACAGUCCCAAGAGUUUUAAUGUGGACCAGAAAUGAGAAUUUGACAUUAGAGAAAAAUUUCAUUAUGACAUCAGAGAGAUGAAUGUGUUGUGUACUUCAUAAUUAAUGUCCAUGCAGUCAACAAUAAACAAACAUUGAUUGAGCGGCUACGAGAUCAUGGUCAAUCUUCGACUUUAGUUCCUUAGAAAUUUUUGUCCAAAUAAGGUUAUUCUGUAUAUUCAGUUAUUUCACAUGAAAGCAAAAUCAUGGCAAAGUAAGAAGUCCUGCUAAAGAUGAAGUGUGUAGCAUGAAUUGUUUUAAUAAAUAUUGUUUGUUUUCUUA